CAAAUGGGCUUGGGCGGCUCCUCGGCGGGUGGCGGCUGUGGCCGUAGCGGUUCCUCCUGGCCCUGUUAAUGUCGGGGCCAGGCCCGGGGAGGAUGGCGCCCUAGAGCCCGGCCUCGCUGGGGCAGGGGCGGGAGGGGACGGGGCGGGGACCGGCCAUGUCGGAGGUGACCCGGAGUCUGCUGCAGCGCUGGGGCGCCAGUUUCAGGAGAGGCGCCGACUUCGACUCCUGGGGCCAGCUGGUGGAGGCGAUAGACGAGUAUCAGAUAUUAGCAAGACAUCUACAAAAAGAGGCCCAAGCUCAACACAAUAACUCUGAAUUCACAGAAGAACAAAAGAAAACCAUAGGCAAGAUUGCAACAUGCUUGGAAUUGAGAAGUGCAACUUUACAGUCCACACAGUCCCAAGAAGAAUUUAAACUGGAGGACCUAAAGAAGCUAGAACCAAUCUUAAAGAAUAUCCUUACAUAUAAUAAAGAAUUUCCAUUUGAUGUUCAGCCUGUCCCAUUAAGAAGAAUUUUAGCCCCAGGUGAAGAAGAGAAUUUGGAAUUUGAAGAAGAUGAAGAAGAGGGUUGUGCUGGAGCAGGGUCUCCUGAUUCUUUUCCUGCUAGAGUUCCCGGUACUUUAUUACCAAGGUUGCCAUCAGAACCAGGGAUGACAUUACUCACUAUCAGAAUUGAGAAAAUUGGCCUGAAAGAUGCUGGGCAGUGCAUCGAUCCCUACAUUACAGUUAGUGUAAAGGAUCUGAAUGGCAUUGAUUUAACUCCUGUGCAAGAUACGCCUGUGGCUUCAAGAAAAGAAGAUACAUAUGUUCAUUUUAAUGUGGACAUUGAGCUCCAGAAGCAUGUUGAAAAAUUAACGAAAGGUGCAGCUAUCUUCUUUGAAUUCAAACACUACAAGCCUAAGAAAAGGUUUACCAGCACCAAGUGUUUUGCUUUCAUGGAGAUGGAUGAAAUUAAACCUGGGUCAAUUGUGAUAGAACUGUACAAGAAACCCACCGACUUUAAAAGAAAGAAAUUGCAGUUACUGACCAAGAAACCACUCUAUCUUCAUCUACAUCAAACUUUGCACCAGGAGUGAUCCUCACAUUAAUGACCUGGAGCUUCUGUGAAUUUGACCACUCAGUAGAGACCGUCUUAGCUCUGUGUAGCAUAUUCACACUUCAGCAGGCAGGAAGGAAGCCACACCCAUGCCAGUAGGCCAGAGUCCAUUGCAAAGCUGUACCACAGAAUUCGAAGUUCAGCACAUCACCGACGUCUAAGACUCCUUUGGAUACAGGUUUAUUGUAGAUUUUGAAACAUGUUUUUACUUUUCUAUUAAUUGUGCAAUUAAUAGUCUAUUGUUUGAUUUACCACUACUCCUAUCCUGCUUCCUAGAACAAUACUGUUUUGGGUAGGAUGUGCUCGUCUUCAAACUUAAUACAGCAAUAAGAAUGUGCUAGAGUUUACUCAUCUGUUCACCUUUGUUCCAAUAUGCUCUUUUGAUUUGAGUUAAUGUCAAAGUGUGGGUAGUAUAUCAAACUGUUUUGAGAGGAAUUGGACCAGUUAUGAUGCCUAGGAAGGCCUGUCUGGAAAUUUAUAGGCUGCUCCUCAGAAGUGGCCUAAAUUCACCCUGAUCUGAUAAGUUUUCCUGCUUAGAAAUAGUGUGCCUUGGCCAGAUCAGUAUCCCAGGUGAGAGUGUUCCCCAGGUUGUAGCUGUGAUUUUUCUCCAGAUGACCAGAUUGUUUUUCUGAAAGUGAGCAUAUUUUUAGUCAUAUUGAUUAACUGUUCUUCUACAUCAUUGUUACUCUUUCUGAUAAUGAUUCUAGGGUUAACGUUGGAACCGUCUCAGCAUAAUUACAAAUUUUUAGAUGGGUUUACAUUGUCUUCUAAAUCAUAUAAUCUAAAAAUAACUGAUUCAGAUGCUAGCAAGAUACUUCAGGCAUAACUGCUGUCUGACAACUGAUUGUGAAACCUUAAAACCUGCAUACCUCUUACAGUGUUGAGUAUGCAAAACCUGGAAAGAUAAGUCUAUUUUUUUUUAUAUAGCUAGAUAGGAUUGCCAUUUAUUUCCUAUUUAGAUAUAUUGACAUUCAUCCAUAUGAAAACGUGCAGGUCAUUAGCUUAUUAUAAUUUGACUAUUUACAUUACUUUUGACUUAAUAGGGCAUAAAUAAAAUUUUCAUAGUACACAUGAGGUGGAUAUCUGAUACACAGAACAUUAAGAUUUGUGGUCGGCUCUCUGGGGUUAGCUGUAGAACCCACGUAUUUUAACAGUCACUAUUUUAAAUGAGCAACACAUGAGAGAAAUGCAGUGUCAGAACCUGGCCUAUGUUUAGCCUAGUGCAAUAACCCUAGUCAUACCACUCAAUGUUUGCUUUUUAAAGUAAGUAACUACAAAUAAGUUGUUUUAGCCCUUGCACUCGAGAGAGCUAGUUUUUACUUUCAGUUGUCUAUUACGUCAAUUCUGUUGCUAGAUGGACAUUAAUAAAACUGAGAGCCUGACAGAAUUCUCAACCAAAUUUAGUUUUGUCUCUCAUAUUGACUAGAUUAAUUCCAAAUUCUAAAAUAAUUCAGUCUACAAUAUCUCUAGAGGAUAAAGAAUCUGCCCUAGUAAAUUACUUUUUCACUCAACUCUAAGCCUAUGAGUUGUCAAAUCCCCAGACUGUGAGCUCCGCAAGGGGCAAGAACCGCGAUUUUUCCAUGUUGUGUAAAUUUUAUAAGGUGCUUGGCAGCACUCUGUACCCUGUGGAGUACUCAGUACCUUUUGUUUGAUGUUGCUGACGAGACCUAAAAAAUAAUCCCUUUAAAAACCUACUAUUAAAAUGUAGCAAAACUGA